AUCAGUCAGCGGUGUGUGUGUGCGUGUGUGCGUGUGUGUGUGAGUGAAUGUGAGAGAGUUUGGUUAUUAUUUGAUCACAUUUCAGAGAACAUCUCUGAGUUUAAACUAUAGUAGAGUAACGGGAACCUUCCAGAGGAGAACAUGUUCACCUAACGUGACGCUACGAACUCUGAUGAAGCGGGAAAGAAGCCGUUUGCUGCGUAGAGCUCAUGAAAACAAGACGCAUCUACGCAGUUUAACAUCUUUAUCGACACCGAGCGGAUAAGCUGAAGUUCGGCUUUAUUUUAAGAAAACAGCGCAAGCUGUAGAUGUUUCAGUCAAAUAUGCUCUGUGUAGGUGGCUGGGUUAACAGCUAAUGAACUGCUAACCGUCAUUUAAAUAACAUUAAAGUAGCUAAUUAGUGGUGAUUAGCUGCUUGGUGUAAAAUGCUGAAGACUCUGACCAAAGAGCUGAGGAGACAUUCCCUCAAUGAGGUCCAUCCCUUCCAGCUGAAGAUUUCUUAUCAUGGCAGUGGAGAGGGAGUAGAGAGCGAUGACUCAGAAGGCGAGAACCAGGAGCUUGCACAGAUUGACAGAGAGAGACGGAGAAAUUGCGCCCUCACCCCUUUGGCUACCAGCCAGCAGCACAACCAGGGUCCCGUCUCUCCAGCGAGGUUACGACGCCUCCGCCUCCUCCUAGAUGCCAAUCUGGAGCGUCACUCAUCAGAGGAAGAGCUGGAGCGGAUCAGCUGCGGCGACAACAGGAAGUGGGUGUCGGCCUUCCCUCAGCGCCACAGCGACCAUCACAGCAGCGCCUCCAGCGAUGAAGAAGUGCGAGACCUCUGCGGCUGCCGGUCGCCCCCCGGCUCUACAAGACCUCUGGCUGAACCCGGCGCCACCUGCCUGGCGGCUUCUCCCAGCCCAGUCCUGUUCAGCUCCAGCCCGCCGCGCAACCUGAAGCCGCCCCCCAUGAGGUUUCAGCUGCAGGUGGCUCAGCCCAUCACAGGGCCCAUCAUUCUCACCCACUUUGACCAAUCUGCACCUUAUAGAAAGUAUCGGCACAGCUACAGCGGCGAGCCUGGAAGACCCAGUCUGGACCUGGAAAAAAUGCAACAGAAAAUGCUGCUGAAAAAGAACUGUGGAGGAAAAACACGGACGAUGAAGAUUCGGAAUCUAACCGGCGGUCGUCCUCCGCCCAGGUACUCCUAUGACCCCUCCAUCUUGGCCUUCCGCUCCAUGAGCACAGCGCCCCCCUGUAGAUCCUUGACUCCGUCUGAAGACCCUCCAUGCUCUUAAGCAGAAACCGUCCAAACCAGACUCCAGCCACACCUCCUCGCAUUUAGC